UCGUGAAGCUGUGAUAAGAACGACUUUUUCUUUUUGUUUUGCUUGUGGAGGUUGGUAAAUCGAUGACAAAACUUUUGACGUUUCUAUAACCGAGGAAUAAAAAAAUUACAGCGAUCAGAAAAUCGAAGAACCAGCAAAAUACCGUUUUGCUCUUGGAUUUCGAACAUUUAUAGAAUGUUCAGCAUGCGCCUCAAAUUAGGCACCACAGGAAACAAUGAAUGGAGGGCUUGCUUUUGUCUUCAUGUGAGAAUAUCAACUAUCGCUUUUGGAAUAUGGCAUUUGUUUCUACAUAUUUUGGCACUAACAGUGUUAGCAGCCAUGAUGCGCAAUCACAGCUACUUUGAACAAAAGCAUGAACUUGAAGAAACAGACUUUCUGCCUACCCCUCUUAGCAAAGUGAAAGAUGAUGAUAACCCGUACUAUUUGCCAACCACUCAGGAUGGCAGACCCAUUUUACCAUCGGAUAUGGACAUGGGAGCCAUUAUGACAAUUUGCACCUUUUCAAUCACCUUACUGAUGGUUUACGGAGCCAUCAAAGGGAAACCUAAACAAAUCUUACCAUUUUUCUUCUUACAACUUUUUGAUUUUGCCAUCACUACUUUGACCGCUACUGGAUACUUCUGCUACUUACGCUCAGUUCAUCGUCUUGUCUCUGAACACUGGCACAAUUUGCCCUUUCGUCAAGAAAUUCUCUCUUUAAGCCCUCAAAAUUUAUCCUUGCUUGUUCUUCUUUCGUUCCUGAUUUCUAUGAUAUGGAAGGCAUACUGGAUUGGGGUUGUUUGGCGUUGCUACAAAUUCUUGACCCUUCAGCAACAGGCCACCAACAGUACUAUUCAUUAUAUCUUGCCGAACGAGGGAUCUGAGAGAAACGAUCCUGACUAUGCUGCAAUGUUUAGAGAUAAUGAAGCGGCUUUGUUUGGGCCAUUGAAGCAGACGCCUCCUCCAUCAUAUCAGGAUGUUAUGGACGAACAACCUCCACCGUAUCCAGCCGCCGUAACUGCUACCACUACGGUAGUUCAAGAGAUUCCAGUACGUCGUUUCUUAUUUACUUAUGCUCCAGACGAUGCUCGAGAUGGUCAAAAUGAAGAAUCUACUGUUUCUACAACGGAAGAAGCCACCACAUCUAGCAACGAAACAAAUCCGGAAUCUCCAGUAGCAUCUUGCUCAGGCCUAAAUAGCAACGCAUCCCCCAAAAAAGAACAAGAAAACCAUGAAGAAGCCGUAUCUGAUGAAAUGAAGUCUACCGAAGAGGUCGUGUAUAUUGAAAUUAUAAAUUCAGAAGAGGUUGAAGAGAAAUCCGAUAAACCAGUGAAUGUUUAAAUAUUUGAUCGUCACUUCUUGAUAUUACUAUCAAUUUAAUGUCCUUUCUAUCAAUGUAGAUCUGAAUAAGUCCAUUAAAGAACAGAUUAAACCUUUAAGGGGUCAUUUGCCAUUAUUUUUUUUUAUUAUAGAGAUUAAAAACUGAUUGGGAUAUAAAUAUGUUUAUUGAAGAUUCAACUAAAGUAAUAAGUUUCUUCAGUUUUGUGAUAUGCAUAUUUGGUCCCUAUAUAUCUCUAUUACAGCCUGAAAGAAAAAUAAUUUCUCUUGUUGGGAAGACUGAUGGAUUGUAGUGGUAGCAUAGAUGCUUUAUUGUGAAUGUUAGAGGAUUAAUUAUUUUUAUUAUGGCUGUACUUCAGGAAUUCUUAAAGGUACAUACUGUUCUUUAUAAUGUUUAAUAAAUUUUAAUAAUAGUAUAGGGAAAAUAGAUUUAGAAAUUUACCAGUUGAAAAAUAGGUCAUAAACGAGGUAUAGGAUCUUUUCAUUGUAAUAUUUUUUGAUUUAGUUUGUUCAUGGGAAUUUUAUAAGUAAAGUUAAUAAAAGGUGUAUUAGGCCUAA